AUGGCGUACGCUAGAGAUCGCCUGCCAGAGCAGUUGGUUGCAGAGAUUGACAGCAACAAUGUCGAGGGCGUCGAGGCAAUCUACGCCUUAGCAGAGGAUGAGUCCAAGCAAGCGGCCCUGCUUGAGGGCAUCGCCGAGCGCGCCAUACAAAAGUCGCAGUUGGAGAUAAUCGGCUGGGUCUUUGGCACCAAGGCCCUCCGCGUUGCCCCCGACUCGUUGAACAACGAGAUUUACCACCAGGCCUGCUUUGCACACUCCCUCGACGUGUGGAAGGCGCUGGUCCGGAACGGCUUCGACCUCAACGCCCACCACAGCGAGUUUGUCGGCGACGCGUUGAGCUUGGAGGCGUACCACGGCAACGUCGAUAUUGUCCGCUUCGUCCUGGAGAACGGACAGGACCCCAACAAGGCGUGGGGCUACGACGACCAGGAGCCGGCCCUCCUGGCCAUGACGGGCGAGAAGCCCUCGCUCGAUAUCAUUCGCUUGAUGCUCCGGCACGGGUGGAAGCAGCGGGAUAGCACCGCGCUCAUCGCGGCCGCCGAACUGGGCAACUUGGAGGCGGUGCAGUUGCUGGUGGAGAACGGCGCCGACCUCGAGCAUGUCGAGCAGUGGUGGUUCACCCAUACCAAUGUCGACGAGGACGAAUGGGGGACGGCCCUAUACCGUGCCGCCUUCAAGGGCCAGGCAAAGCCCGUCUCGUAUCUGUUGGACAAGGGCGCCAGUACUGCCUUUAGGGACAAGAAGGGGCGUUCUGCCCUCUGGGCGGCGAAGCAGGGAGGCAACGAGAAGGUCGUUGAGCUCCUGAGGGGGGCAGGGCUUGAGGCAUGA